UCCUGUUGGAAAUCCUGUUGUUGGUGAUGUUGAUGGCCAUUAUGAAGUAAAUAGACAAACUAGAACCCUAGAGUGGCAAUUGCCUAUUAUCGACGCAUCUAACAAACAAGGGUCGCUUGAGUUCAAUAUUGCGGGCGAUGAUGUUAAUGUGUUUUUCCCUGUUGGGGUUUCCUUUAUAAGUGAAAAAUUGGUUUGUGACAUAGAU